UGUGUGUUUUGAGUGGUGCAGUACCAGCAUACGACCCACCGUAAGGGGGAGGGAAGGGGGAUGAGCCACUGCUGAAAGAAGAAGGAAAGGCCUUAAAAAUUAAAUAAGUGGGCAAGGCGGUGUCCACCACUACCAGUACAGCCACAACCACAGACCACAGUGGUCGCUGCGCUGAGGCCGAGGUGAGCGCCACUUGGGAGGACGGUAAUAUUUUGUCCUCGAGCUCUGCAUUGUGUGAAGUGUGGUGGUGUGAGCCCCUGGCGGGGUAAGAGAGAAUGCACGGCACCUGCUGGAGGGUGUGAGUGGUGAUUGGAAGUAGCGAGGCGGUGAGGAAGCCAGCAGGGACGUGGUGCCAGCACAGCACAGCACAACACAACACCGCCCACUCAUCCUGUGGCCCCUCCGUGGUGUGUGGCACUCACGCACGCCCUGCGUAUGUCCCGGGCCCUGCAGGGUGCGAGGUGUGAGUGACAGCACAACAGGGAGCACAGGGUGAAUGCCAGGGUCACUCCAAGAUGGAUAAUUCAGAAGUAAAUAAGACUUCAGAUGAAAUUAUAAAUGAGCUCUUUAGUUCAUUAAAUGUCCCACUGUCACCCAAAGUAGUAGAGGUGGAGGAGAGAUUAACAAGCAAAGUUGAGCAGCUGAGUGCACACACUGGAGACUCAGACAACAGCGAGGAUGAUGAGAGUGAUUCUAAGUCCAGUGAGAGUGAAGGAGAGACCAAGACUACAGCAGGAGAAAUGCAAGGUAACAGAGCUGAAAAAAUGAAAUCCCAGAAGAAAAAGAAAGACAAGAGGAAAAAGAAGAAGAAACACAGAAAAAAAGAAGAUGGGGGAAGACAUAAGCACAAGAAAAAAAAGAAAAAGGAAAAUUUUGAAACAGCAGAGGAAGCUAAGCUGGCUGGAGAUAUAUUGCAGGAUGUCAAAUUGAAAAACCAGGCAGUGAUUCAGAAAAUAAUGAUUCGUGAGGAAAUGACAUCUGGCACCAUGGAUGACGGAGAACAUGAAAAGAGGAAAUCAAGAUCCAAAAGUCCUAAAUUGUUAGACACACAGAGUGAAAUUGAUGGGGUAGACAACAAAAAGAAGUUAGUACAAGAAUCACAGAACCCUUGUGAGGAAGUCCAGGUGUCAAACAGGGAAUGCACCACCAGCUUACCUGUGGUGUCAUGUGAAGAUAGAGGUUGUUUUCUUGAAGGUGCCUCCAAGUCAGAUAUACAGCCAUGCCCCACAUAUGAGAGAAGUCCAGGGACAGGAUCUGUGAGUAGGUCAUCACAGGUCAGUCCCACAGCUGCAAGUGAGCACAAAAGGAAACACUUAUCACAUUCCUGCUCCCCAUCACCUGUGAAGAAACAGAAAUCCUCCAGCUCAGUGUCGCCACCAAAGUCCUCCUCCCCUAAAGCUGUGUGCAGACUCAGGUCACCAAGCUCUACAGAAAGGUCAAGAUCAACAUCAGUCAAAGACACCAACUCACGCAGAAGAACAAAAUCAAGGUCACCAUUAGUGAAUCAGUCAGCACAGUCAGACAGGCCUGGGUCAAAGUCCAGGAGGUCUAGGUCAAGGUCCAGGAAGAGGUCGGUGUCCAAGAAAAGGUCAGGCUCAAGGAAAAGGUCCACCUCAAAAUCAAGAAAGAAACUGGAUUCAAAGUUAAAGAAAAGAUCAAGAUCUAGAUCCAAGAAGAGGUCAAGAUCAAGAUCAAGAAAAUCAAGGUCACGAUCAAGAAGAUCAAGGUCACGAUCCAGAAGAAGAUCAAGGUCGUGGUCUAGGAGAAAAGCAAGGUCAAGGUCCAAGAAAAGGUCUAGGUCAAAGUCCAGGAGAGGAUCAAAAUCCAGGCGGAGAUCAAGGUCAAAGUCAAAGAUGAGAUCAAGAUCAAAAUCAAAAUCUAGGAGGAGUUCAAGGUCAAAGUCCAGCAAAAGAUCAGAAUCAAAGUCUGGGAGGAAGUCUGCAUCCAAAUCCAAUAAGUCAAAAUCCAGAGAGAGGUCAAGGUCAAGGUCAAGGAGAAUGUCAGGAUUAAGAGGCUUAAGAUCAGGAUCAAGAUCAAGGUCACAGUCAAGACAGAGGUCAAGCUCAAAGUGUGGCAAGCGGUCCCGGUCCAGGUUGAGGAGGAGGUCCCGGUCCAGGUCCAGUAAGCGGUCCAGGUCCAAGUCCCACAGGUCAAGGUCAAGAGGGUCACAGUCCUACAGGAGGUCGAGAUCCAGGUCAAGUCACAAGAGUUCCCCGGCCAAGGAGAGGUUCGACAUGUUUGCCGUGAUGAGGGAGCGAGCUAGCAGACUUGCUGAGUUGAAGAACCAAGGCAUCCCUGAUGGCUCCCUGGGCAGCCUUCUGUUGUCUGCAGCCGCCAGUGUGCAGCCUAGUGGUGGUGCUGGCAUCCCUCAGUCUGUGCCCACCUCAGAUCCCAGCUCCAUACCCCUCCCCCAGAAAGGUUUCCUCCAGGUUGACUCUCCACCUAAAGAUGAAGCCGUGACAGAAAGCAUUGUCACCAUGGAGGAAGACAAGCCUGCAGGUGCAACCGAGGAAGCCAUCACCUCACUGUCCCAGGAGCAGGACACCAGUAAAGGAAAAGAUGGGAGUAAGAAUAAACAAGAAGAAGGGAAUGAAAAAGCCAAGAUGAAAACCAUAAUCACAAUCAAGAGCUUGAAGGACAGCCUAGUCUUCCAGCAGGCACAAGAGGAGGCUGAAAGGAAAGCAAAGGAAAAGGUUGAUCAGCCAGUAGGUAGUGAGAACAGUAGUGCAGCAGACAGCAGGUGGUGGUACAAGCAGGGAAGCACAGAGAGACACCACCAGGAUGAGGCAGAGCAAGAUGAAGACACGUCCUUGGAAGAAAAAGAGAAAUACCAUGAUAGGAAGGACAGGGCAGAGAGUGAAGAAAAUAUUAAGAAAUACAGGAAAGAGGAAAAGGGGAAAGGGAAUGAAAAGAAGGAAAGGAAACAAGGUGAAGAAAAGCAUAAGGGAGAGAGUUGCAUGAAAGAAAUGCACAUUGAGAGUGAGGUUUUCAAAAAACAAGUUGAAAUAGAAGGCAGAGAGACUGAGGAAAAUACACACACUGAAAAGACCCAAGCAAAUACAGAGGAAACUGAUAUAAAGGUAAAAAUUACCUCAAGGAAAAUGACCAUGACUAAGACUGAAGAGAGAGAGGAGGAUAAGGAAAGCAAGCACUCCAAUAAGACAGAGAAAGAGGAAAGAAAAGGAAGUAAGCAGUCGAGUAAGGUCAAAGAGGGUGAGGAGCAUGAUGGAAAUGACCUAUGUAGUGAAUUGGAAGGUGAGGAAAAAGGAAAUAAACAAUCCAGUAAAACAGAUGAAGAACAUAGUAAGAAAAUUAAGUCAAGUAAAAUGGAUAAGGUAGAGGAGAGCAAGGGAAAUAAACUUGUGAAUAAAGUAGUGGAGGAGGAGGAGGAGGAGGAGGAGGAGGAGGAGGAGGAGGAGGAGGAGGAGGAGGGGGAGGAGGACAAAGUAAAUAAACAAUCCUGUAGAGCAGAAGGGAAGGAGGAGGGAGUCACUGCAAACUUUUCAUCUAGUAAAGGAGAGGAGGAGGAAAGAGAAAACAAACAAUUAAGUAAAACAGAAGAAAAAGAGGAAGAAAAAUUGAACAAACUAUCAAGCAGGAUGGAAGAGGAUAAAAGUAAAGGAACCAAGUCAUCCAAUAAAGCAGAUGAGAGAGAGGAAGGAAUGAAGAGUAGAUAUUCAAGUAAAAUAGAAGACAAGGAGGACAGUAGAGGAAGUAAGGAGUUGAGCAAGGACUUGAGUGGCAAGAAUGGUCACCCACAGCCUGAAGAGGACCCAGCAGACAAAAUAGAAGAAGGCGAAAUAACUAGUGACAAGGAAGAGGAGACUAAACCACCUAGCAAAACUCACAGCAAGAAGUCAAAGAAAGAUAAAUAUAGUGGCAAAGAAAAGAAACGAUCACAUAAAGACAAGAGCAAAAACAAGGAAGAGAAAAAGAAGGCACAUGACAAAAAAAAAGAGCAGGAGAAGGCACGAUCCAAAGACACACACAAGUCCAGGCAGCACUCAAGCAGUUCAGGAUCCAAGGAGCACUCCCACAGCCGCCGCCACAGGAAGCACUCCCGCUCACACUCACGCUCCCGCUCCCACUCCAGAGACCACUCCAGCAGGCAGCACCGCCGAAGCCACUCAAGGUCCAGGUCCAAGUCUCGCUCCAAAAGACGCCGUGAGUCCACUUCUGACCUCAGGGACAAGGUAACCAGGAAGAGGUUGCUGGAAAUUGCUCGUCGGAAUGCGGUGUACCUGAUGCAGAAUGGAUGUCUUCCCCCAAGUGUGGAGAAGGAACAGCUGGUCAAGAUCAAGGCGGGAGGCAAGAGUGUUGACGAGCUCACAGAUUUUUGCAAGCAGUUAGUGGCCAGUGGUAACUAUAGUGAUGUUGAUGUGAGUGAGCCAUCCAUGAGUUCAGAGGAAGAGAACAGCUCGGAGAAGCCCUUCAGUAGUGCCCGUCACCCCUUCAGUGUGCGGGACAGUAAACCCAUCUUGAUGAACAUUAGGAAUGCUCCAAUGCUGCCAACCAAGACUAAUGCUGAGAGACUGGCAGGUCAGGCUAAGCUGCGGGAGCAGUUUCCAGUGUCCAGUGGGUCACAGCACCGCACCAAAGAGAGCGAGUGGGUUCCUGUCACCCCGAAGGAAAAGAAGGAAGAGGACAAAGUGUUCACCAAGCCUGAAGCUCCGUCUGUGGACAUAUCUCAAAUUGUUUCAACAAGACUCAGUGCCAUGAGGAAACUCCAAGAUAAUCCAAAUGACAGUGAGGCAAUCAAGACCCUGAACAAUGUGCAGAAAGAGAUGCAGAACUGGGCACUUAGUAAGCAGGAGCCAGGUCAGUUUACAGGAACAACAGGCGUCAAGGUUCUGUCUCAAGAAGAACUCUCUGCAGGUCACCAGGCCUGGGCCAGGAAGGAACAGUUCAAAGAAGCUGCACCAGUGAGGCCUCACUUUGGACUGAAGAUGCUGCAGAAGAUGGGCUGGUCUCCCGGGGAGGGGCUGGGCAAGAACAAAGAAGGCACCACUGAACCUCUCCUUCUAGAUGUUAAGAUGGACAAAAAAGGAUUUCAUGCACAAGAAGAAGUAACACCAAAGAAGCAGCCAAUACCACUUGUGAAGGAUCUGUCAGGUAAACACCCGGUGUCAGCCCUGGUUGAGCUGUGUUCAAAGCGCAAGUGGUCACCUCCUGACUUUGAAAUGGUGUUUGACUGUGGACCAGACCACAAGAAGAAUUUCCUAAUGAAGGUCAUGGUGAAUGGACAAGAAUUCAAGCCCUCAGUAGCAGCAUCAACCAAGAAGAUGGCAAAAGCUAAUGCUGCAGCAGCUUACCUUCAGUCCCUCGGCCUCUACCCAAAAGAUCCCCGCUAUCCACUGUGAUAAGAGGUUGCAGUGGGUUGACGGUCUCCACCAUUGCUCCCCAGAAGCACAGGACACCUGCUUGACAUCACCUUCAUAUCUGUGAUUUUACCAUCAAAAAUGUGUGUGAUUGUCCAAGUCACAUCAUCAUAUUUACCACUGACCUGGAGAGUGGAGGCACAGCACACUGCCUCUGAACAUUCACUCACUGUGGAGGAAUUGUAAAACUGGGAUGAAGUAAGUUGUUACAAGUUUGUGGAGUGUUCAACUAAGAUUUAUGUCUGAGAAGCAAUGAAGUAUAUGGUCAUGUGUUCUGGUAUACUAUAAUAUAUAUAUAUAUAUAUAUAUAUAUAUAUAUAUAUAUAUAUAUAUAUAUAUAUAUAUAUAUAUAUAUAUAUAUAUAUAUAUAUAUAUAUAUAUAUAUAUAUAUAUAUAUAUAUAUAUAUAUAUAUAUAUAUAUAUAUAUUCCAAGAAAAUAAUAAUUGCACUUGGUAACUGAUCCAUGACAAACUAUUAAAAGACCCAUGAUGUAGAUCUGCAGUGGAAGGUAAAUAUAAUUUAUAUUAAACAUAUAAAAUAAAACAGCUGAGACAUGUUUUUUCUCAUGGUUGCAUUUUAUAGUACUCAUACCUGUGAUUAAGUUAGCAAAUAUUUUGUGGCAGGUUGGUGUAUAUAUUUAUGAAGCUAAAAUUUCUUCAUUGCAAGCCAUGAUACUGAAUAGAAAAAAGGACUCCUAUUUUCCUUCAGGUUGCCAGUGACUUGGCAGGGAAGCAUUAUUUUGUACACAGGCAAGAAUGACACCAUUGUAUAUAGAUUGCUACUUGUCACUUCUGUCCAUGCUUCAUUUCCUGUUUUUUAUUUUAUUAGGUCUUACCUGUUUUUUUAUUUUAUUAGGUCUUAUUUAUUUUUUUGUUUGUGUUUGUGUUUGUUUUGUGAAGAAUUACAUAACCCUAUUUCAAUGCUUUGGUCAGUAAUAAAACUUUGUAUGAGGAUGUAUUGUAUGGGGUGUAUAAAUAAAGGAUAAAGUGUGAAAGAUUAA